ACAGGCGAGCAACUUUCAUCAUCAGAAAGCCGAGUCGAGCUGUUGAACGCGGAAUGUUCCAGUGCGCCGCGCACCAAAAAACCACACGACAUGUGAUUUGAACGAAACACUUUCGGUGUUCAAUUUUUUUUGGGUUUGGUUUUAGUUUCAGUACGGAAAUAACGAAAAACAAAACAAAAAUAAAUAAAUUGGAUAUUUUACACACAAAAAAAAACACAUAAAAGUGCGAAUCGUCUGCAGCAGUUCACCGUGACACACCGAACGAUGCUCAAGAUGGGUGCUAAUUACCAAUGGAUUUUUGUAGUGCUAGUGCAAAUUUUUGCAAAGUCGUGGUCGGAAUCAGUGGACACUGAAUUCGUUCCUCAAGUAUCGGCGACGUGCAAAGCUGGUCACAUGAGCAUCAGGGUUGGCUUCAACUCCAGCUUCUACGGAGCAGUCCACGCAAGGGACUUCCGAACACCAGCAUGCAUGACCCACGGGGAUGGCGGAAAGAUGGUCAACCUUGACAUCAACCUUCUUGCAGUCAGAGCAACUCCGGACUUCUGCGGUCUGCACAUCAAUAAC